AUGACUUGGAGACCAAUCGUAUCUUAUAUUCUUCGUGGUUGUCAAUCUGUAUUUGCAAUCAUUAUCCUUGGUCUUACUUCAGGGAUCUUGGCCAAAUUGGGUCACAAUGAGAGUAGGGUCACCUACUCAUUAGUUGUUGCCAUAAUGAAUAUCAUCUAUUUCGGUUAUAGUCUCGCAUUGGUUCCUUCCAUCAAAAGAAACCGUACAAUUUCUUCACUUAUUUUCAUUUGUGAAGCUCUUUUCACUAUUUUCUAUCUUGCUGCCAUGGGUGCAAUUGCUGAUGUAUUUCCUUCUGGUGAUUGUGAUAGCUUCUUUUUUAGUAACGAUCUUGCUUCUGCUUGUAAAAUGUACAAAGCUUUACUUCCAUUCAAUUUGUUCAACUGGUUGUUGUUUACUGCUACCCUUACAUUGUUUAUUGGAUUUUCAUAUAUCCCACAGAUUAGAUCGUAUGGUUUUGCUAAUACCUUUACAUUGACGAGAUUUGAAUUCGGUGUUAUUUUUGCAAAUACCUUCAACCUCUUUGGAAAGCCUGUUGCUGGUGUUAAAUCUGAAGGAGAGCCUGUCGAUGGUGCUGUUGGUGCGGGUGCUGGUGCCGGUACUGGUGCUGAGGGUGAAGCUGCUCCUGUUGCUCCUGCUCCUGCUGAUGCUGAAGCUAACGUUGGUAUUGCCUCUACUGAUGAAGAUCAGGAAAAAGGUCGUUCCCCAAGUGGUAGUAACGAACGUCUUUCUAAUGGAGAAGAUUUAGCUGCAAAUGAAAGACCUUACCCUUGA